UUGACGUUGACAAAAUGAAUGGCAAAUUUUAUUGUUCGACGCCUUCCCGAAGCGGCGAGUAACUUUCUGACUUCCAACUCAAGGACCAAAGAGCCCGCUGAGCUGUGACCGCGCUGGAGAUGGGGGACCAGGACGCGCCUCAGUUUGGAUCCGUGGAGGAAGAACUGGAGCACUGGAAGGAGGAGGCGGCCCGGCACCAGCAGAUUGCGGUGGAAGCGCAGGAGGAGCUGCAGGAGUUCCAGCAGAUGAGUCGGGACUACGAGGUGGAGCUGGAGACGGAGCUGAAGCAGCUGGACGCCAGGAACCGGGAGCUUCUCUCAGCCAACAACCGUCUGCGCAUGGAGCUGGAGAACUACAAGGACAAGUAUGAGACGCAUCACUCUGAGGCGUGCCGACAGAUCUCCAACCUGGAGGGAGACCUGGCCGAAACCGCGGCCGUCAGAGAUCAGCUCCACAAGUACAUCAGGGAGCUGGAACAGGCCAACGACGACCUGGAGAGGGCCAAGAGAGCGACCAUCAUGUCUCUGGAGGACUUUGAGCAGCGGAUGAACCACGUCAUAGAGAGGAACGCCUUCCUGGAGAGCGAGCUGGACGAGAAGGAGAAUCUCUUGGAGUCGGUUCAGAGGCUGAAGGACGAAGCGAGAGACCUUCGGCAGGAGCUUGCUGUGCAGCAGAAACAGCAGGUGCAGGACAGGAAGCCUUCCAUCAGCAGCUCCGUCAAAGAGCCUUCGUCCUCUUCGUCGUCGGCGGGGUUGCCGACCCCGCCCCUCACCCCCCCAGACAGUAGGAUGGAGGAUAAAACCUCGGCUCCGCCCAGACCUGUAGCCUCCUCUGAGGACAUCAGCACGCCACCGCCCUCCGUCAGCAGAGCUGAAAGCAUCUCUGCGAUUCCUCUCACCACGUCGGCGAGAAUCUCUGCUCUGAACAUCGUCAGUGAGCUGCUGAAGAAAGUCGGGAGCCUGGAGUCGAAGCUAGCGUCCUGUCGGAAUUACGUCAACGAGCAGACGGCGAAUCGCAGACGCCACAGCGGAGGAUCUGGAUCAGCGCCGGCCCAGAGCAACCCAUCAGAGCCCCAUCCCACCAACGGCCUCUACAACAAGGGCCUCGUGAAGAGGCUGGACUUUGGUGCAGGAUCCAAGCUGCUGCUGUGAACCCGACCGGACCUCUCCGUCUCCUCUUAGCGGGUCAGGAUGGUCCAAACCUCACCUGGACUCGGUUGGUACCUGACGGACCGCACUGACACCGAGCAGCUGAGGCUAAACGGAUGGAGACGCUGGAGGUUUAGUUGGUCUUUUAUCAGGACUUCCUGUUCAGCACUUGCACUUGUCUUGAACGUCCGUUCUGGACUUUUUGUUCCGACUCCCUGAGUCUGGAUUUGAAGACAUAUUUUUAUGUGUUCAGACUCAAUGAGAAGCUAAAUUCAUUAGUUGAUUAAAACAGUGAAAGUUUGCUUCUGAUGUUUGAAUUUUAGGAGGAGACGUUUUUCUGUUCACCUUACUUUGGUCCAUUCAAAGUAAGUGGAAGCAAGUCACAUGCUUUCCGGUUUGCUAGCUAACACCUGAUGGUCUGUAGUUAGAGUUUUCUCAUUAUUCGUCCUGAGGGGGCGUUUAUGCUUUUUGAUCUAGAUGUAUAAUUAUAGAUGGGAACGCACACCUGGAGCACAGCUGUGUGUUGCAUCAACUUGUGCCUUCAGGAAGUUUACUGGGAAAAAAACGGGUUUGAGAAGAAUCGUUCGUCAAUCACUUUAGCCGAGAUACAUAGUGGUUGCUAUAGCGAUUCCCGCCUUUUUUGGUUUGUUAUGUUUACUUUAUGAUGAAUUUUUUUAUUAUCUUUAACGUCGUUGCCACGGUAAUUUCUGGAUUUUUUUUGUUGGUUCUCUGCCACUAUUUCUUACGUAGUUGCCAUAGCAACAUUCCCUUUCUUUUUUUUUUACACUAACAUAAAAAAAUGUAUCCCAGCUUGUGAUUGGCUGUUUUCAACCGUUAUUUUUUUUAGUGCUAAAUGCUGAAUGGCUGUGCUAACUGGCCUUUGUGGUGAAGUUCUUGGAGCUUUUGUUUCAGUCAUCAGAAUUUUGACCGUUUGUUGUUUUUUAUGGGCGCUCUUGUGACUUUUUCCUUUUAUUUUUUUGUCCUAGUUGCCAUGGUAAUUUUCCGAUUUUUCCUUUUUUGAAUCUGGUGUAACGGGACAAAAUAAUACACGUUUAAAGGUGUCUUAAAUAAGAUAGUGUUUCCCUCAUUUUAAUGGUUGCUGUGGUGAUUUUAAUGACCACCUUUUCUUUGUCCGGUUGCCAUAGCAACAUUUACCAGGCACUUUUUUAAGGCACAUCUCAAAUAGUAUCCCAGACUGUGAUUGGCUGAUUUCAUGUUAAAUUCCUCCGGCCUCUCUCUACUCACUACCACAAUUCCCACCUUUUCUCUGGUUGCCAUGGUGAUUCCCGCCUUUUCUCUGGUCAAGCACUUUUCAGUAGCGAGAAAUACACUUUAAAAAAGAUUAUAAAUACUUGCUGUGUAAAACCUAUAGGUAGUAUAGACGUUUUUUCUCGACUGUGAAUGUGUGAAUUAUUUACUGUAAAGAUUUGUAACGGAUGUUGAUGUUUAGUGUAUUAGGAAGCACAAAGACUCGGAGGAAAUUUAGCUAAUUUGGCCACAACAGGAUGUAGAACCAUCCUGAAGUGCCCAGUUUGUGGAAACUGGUAAAGCAGACACUGGACAAAAGAAAAUAAAAUGCUUCUUUUCUGAUGCACAUCGUACUUUUGAAGGGGAAAUUGGAGCAUAACAAUAGUUGAGAUUAUAGUUAAAACCAAGACUAAACGAUUAAAGCCUUGAUGUUUGAGCUGUUUGUGUUAUAAACAAAUGAAUUCACCCUUUAAACUCUGAAAUAUGACAGCAGAGCUUCCAGUUUCACAUCGUCUCGGCGCUCCCGUCCGCAAAGCGCCGUAAACCUUCAGCUCCACGCCCUCCACUGUCCACAGAACAACACAAACGGGCCGAACCGCCCGAGGCAAACAUUUCCCCUUUUCAGGGUCGGGUUUCAGUUACAGAGCUGCUGCACUGCAAAAACACACAAAGUAGUUUUUGAUUUUGAUCUAGUGCAAAUAUCUUGGUGCACUCGAAAUAAGACAAACUAACUUACAAGUAGCUUUUUAGCAAGAUAAAGGAGCUUGUUUGAAGUCUGAUUUCUUGAUAUUGAUGGAAAAAUAACUAUUUCCAAUCACAGAUUAUUUCAAUUUUAACUGGAGAAAACUGUCUUGAUGUAAGUGAAAUAAUUUGCCAGCAGAGCUAGAACUUUUUUAUCAAUAUUAAGGUAUUAUUUACUUAAAACGGAUUUGAUUCAGAGUCAUAUUUAUUGGGAUUUUUAGAAGGAAACUGAAAAAGAUGCAGUUUUAUUAAAAAUUAAACAAAACCCGAUUCUGCUGAUGGAGCAACAAAGCGCCCAUUUUACGAGAAAUUACAAAAACAAUCAUAGAUGUUUUAAAUAAGCAGACACUGUUUUCCAGAGGAAGAUCCUGUUAGUGAGUUUUUAUUGGCACCCUGAAGGAUCGAGUGUUGAGCUGAAUAAGACGAGUCAGGCAGGAAAAAUAAUCUACAAUGAGCCGCACAAAGGUAUUACUGCAGUUUGAUUCAUAUCGACAUGAAUUUUAAUAAGAUCAGAUCAGCACAAAGUAGGACAUAUUUAUAAAUUACGACAAUACACUAAAAAACACAAAAUCUCACCAAGUAGUUUUUGUCUAGUAUCCCCAUAUUUCUCAUGCAAAUAUCUUAGUAAACUGAGUUUCUGCGAGAUGUAUAGGCUUGUUGUAAGUCAAUAAUUCAUUAAUAUUGAUGAAAAAGUGCUAGUUUUUCCAUAAAUAUGUACUACUGCAUAUUAUUUCACUUACAAAAAACAUUUUUCCCACACAAUAAGUGAAAUAAUCUGCCAAUAAAACCAGAACUCCAUAAAUAAUAAUGAAUUGACUUAAAACAAACUCCUAUUAUUAUAAGUUAGUUUUGUUUUAUUUCCAGUGCAAUAAGAUAUUUUCCCUAGAAACGAGGCCAAAAUACUUGCCAAGAUUUAGCAUUUUUGCAGUGUAAUUUAUGGUUUGCACAUUUUUGCGCCUUUAUAUUCAAACUCUGAGUCAACAUUUAGUUUUGCGUUAAAUUUCUCCAGAUUGUUUUCAUGAAGCUGGGGAAAUCCUCAUAGAACAAAUAUGAAUUAUUCACAGAUGAUGGCCACUUCUGGUUAGACCGGAUUUUAUCUAAAUGUAUAAAUGCACACCACACUUUUCAGACUUUGUGUUCUUCUGUUGUAUAAAGUCCCAACAAAACCCACUGAGGCUUGUAGUUCAUGUGGCAAAAUGUUGUGAAGUGCAGCACAAAGUUGGAAUAAAAAGGUUCUUGAUUAAUUCAGAGGAUGAACCAAAGUUUAAAAUCGCAGGUUUUCCCGUUGAGUCUGAACCAGAACCUUUGAUCCGUCCAGAAAUCUGUUACUAUUUUUACAACUUUAAGUGAGUUUAACGGGAGAGAAGAAGAAGAAAUCUGCAGCUCCAGGAUCUAAGCUUCACUGAAGAAAACCUGUUUUAUUCUUCUGUAUGUUUACUAACACAGGAUGAAUGUGAUGUUUUGUUUUUUACCUUCUCUGCUGCUUGUGAUGUUUCUGAGAAAGGCAAUAAAACUCAUGCCUGACA